UUCACUGCUAGUCGCCCAGGCAACAGCUACUCCCAUUCUCGACCCACAGGAAACAGGUCCCUGCUGUCCCACCGCCCAGGAUCUGCAAGCCACGCGCGCACGAGUUUCGGUGCCGCUUUGGAUUUUCGCAAUCAGAGAUGGGAUCAGAGGCGGCGCCAUCGGGAACUGGGAAGCCUUGGUCUUAUCAUCCGACAUAUGCAAGAUACUGGCGUCAUUAUUAUCAAGCAAUGGCUUGGAUGCGCAGCCACCAGAUGGCCUACUGGAAGGCCGUGGAACCCUACUUCAGGUCCCCAUGGUACUUUACUCCCAAAGGUCAUCCCCGGGGCCAUUAUGCUGAGGUGGGCAGAUCUCCCUGGUCCUGGGGCCAUUACUGGGCUUCCCGGAACUCCGGCGGCAGGUAUGCACAUUCCCUGUGGCCUGAGCAGCACCGUCCUGACAGCACGAGAGAAGUCCAGACUUGGGGUGUGGAGGAGGAAGAGGAGGAGACCGACUCAGAUGAGGGGGUGGAGUGCGACCUGAGCAACAUGGAGAUCACCGAGGAGCUCCGCCAGUUCUUUGCAGAGACCGAGAGGCACAGGGAAGAGCGGCGGCGGCAGCAGCAGCUGGAUGAGCGGCGCCUGAAGGAUUAUGUGAAUGCCGACCACGACCUAUAUUACAAGACAAGCCGCUCCGUGGAACCACCGUCCGAGAGGCCCGGUGAGCAGCGCCAGGCCGAGAUGAAGCGCCUGUACGGGGACAGCGCUGCCAAGAUCCAGGCCAUGGAGGCUGCCGUGCAGCUGAGCUUUAACAAGCACUUUGACCGGAAGAGGCCCAAAUACUGGCCAGUCAUUCCGCUGAAGUUCUGAGCCCUGGCCUCUGGGCCCCCUUCCUGUGGGAUUUUCUCCUUCUUCUGCUUCUAUGCAUUUUCUUGGGGAAACAGGACUUGAUACGGAGAUGUUCACCAAAGUGCCAGGAGGCCUGUCGUGGGGGUGAUAUAAUAAGUCAGGCAUUUUUCAGCAUCAGGGUGUGUACUGUAGUCAACCUGUGAGAUUUUCUUAUGACAUAAAAUGAUCAUUUCAUAUGCAUUACACCUUCAGUUCUUUGAAGUUCCCACUUAGAGACACUGCUUAGUUGUUUUUGUCUUUUUCUCCCUUCUAUAUUUAACCCAACUUAAAUGCCUUAAAUGUGUCAGCUGUGACCUCCUACUGGUACUCCGUCUGCCCCGCUGACACUGACGCAAAGGUGCAGCCAGACGGUGAGUACUCUUCUCCCACGCAGAGGUCAGCAUGCAGGUUCUGCAAAGGGCCAGAGCCUUUGUAUUUUUGGCUCUUCAGAUCAGACGUUCUGUCUCGUGACUACUCAAUUCUGCCCUUGCAGCCUGAAAGCAGCCAUAGACCAUAAUAAGGAAACAAGUGGGGAUGGCCAUGUUCCAAUAAAACUUUAUUGAUACAAACAGGUCGUGGGCCAGAUUUGGCCUCUGGCCAGUAGUUUGUAGACCCGUGCUCCAGUGGAUGAAAUGACCUGUCUGACAUUGUUGUUCUCUUUACAGAGUUUUAAUGUCAUACAGAGCUGAGGGCAAAAAACAGUAGUUCCCAAACCCGCUCCCCUCUGCAGUCUCCUCUGUUGUCAAAAAGGUGUUAUUGAACUCUUACUUUGUACAGCAGAUAUCAUUGUGGAAAGAGAAUGCAUUUCUGAGAAGGAAAAUUUAAAGAUUGAUGGAACAGUCCAUUUUAAAAAGCCAGCUGCCUUUUAAAUAAGUUAUUACGGUGUGUUGCCAGGGUGAGCCUUGUUGACCUGAGAAGAUUAGCACAUCCAUCAAAGGCUGGUGGAAAGAUUUAGUAUUGACAUGUUUUUCCCUGAGAACACUUAGGUCCACAUUGCAGCCCCUGCCCUGUGACAAACGCAUUACUUUCAUCAGCCCCAGGUGCUUGUUUUUCCAAGCCCUUGUUUUAUUACUGGAGUUGCAAUUUGAACUUGGGUGUUGCAGACCAAAAUCAGUAUUCAUUUCCCUGAAGGUGACACAUGACUAAAAUUUCAAGUCUCUAGUCAUCCCCUUUCUUUUUUUAAUGUUAAACUCAUAUGCCUCAGUAGAAAAUAGAUGUGACUCGGGCACAAAUACAAACUAAUUGUAUUUGCAGCAGGUUCUUACCUACUUGAGAGUGAAAUGUAUCUCUUUAUGAAGAACUUUCCUACCUUUCCCCGAAGAAACCUCCAUGCCGGUGCCCCUGCGGCUGGAAUUGUGGCUAUGGACUUCGAGUUACUUUCACUCUCAGUGAUUCGUGGUUCUCACUCUUCAAGUGGGUGUUACUGAUUCCCCCACCUGGAGUUCUUGUGAGGACCACAUCGAGUUAGUGCCUGUAAAACAUAGUGCUAGUUGCACAGUAAAUACUCAACACAUGUUGAUACUGUUUUAUUCUGUCUUUAAAAAUUGCCAAAGAGAGCCAGUGGAAAUCCUAGAUAUGAGAUGUCUUCCAAAUAUGGAGAACUGUUUCCCCGUCAGCCUUUCGAAGGGAUGCAUUGGCUUAAGUCUCAUUCCCACCUGCCCUUCUUCCCAAAUGCCUCAUUGAUAAAGUGUGGUGGGGGGACCUAUGACUUAUUCAUUCAUUUAUUCAGCAAGUACUUGAGUUCUUCCAGGUAGCUAAACCAUAUUCUCUUUCCUCGGGGCACUUGGAUUCUAGGAGAGGCAGACAGGUGUGUAAAGACGGCACUGGCAUAUGCGCAGGAGCUGCAAGAAUGUGGGAAAGAGCAAUGAGGGUGGGGCGUCUCACUCUCAGUACGAUUGAUGUUUGGGACCCAUCCUUCUUUGUUGUUCUUAAAAAAUACAUACUAUGGAUGCAUAUAUGACUAAAAUUGAGAAACUUGCAUGUAAAUGAUUCAUACACACUAGCUUUAGAAUAGUGGGUAGUUCCAAGCAGGGAAGGGAUUAGAGUGCCAUUCAAAACUGGUUUUUCUGUCUCUGAUGUUUAUUGUUUUUCUCACUUCAUGUCUGGGGUUAACUGUUAUGUGAAACGUGUAUUUAUCAAAUGCUUAUGUAGGGCUUACUGUGGGCCACAUACUCUUCAAAAUACUUUUCAAAUGUUAAUUUCCUUAGCAACCAACCUAUGGCCGACCUAUGAAGUAGCUGUUGUAGGUUCACAGCCGUUUUCCAAACCGUGAGAUCAGCCGCAUUCCAGGAUUCAGAUAUUGUUGUGCUUUCAGUUCCAUUCAGGUGAGGUUUUGUCAUCAGAUUCGUACAGUUGAGUCAGGUUAGGCUGUCAGACAAAUUAUUUUAAAAAAAAUGAAAAAUAACUUCCAGUUUUCAGAGCUUUGGGGACUUCAGGAAGAAGUAGAAGGAAUAUUAUAGUUUUUAUGGAUGAGGAACCUGAAGCACAGAGGAAGUAACCCGCUGAACCAGGCUCACUCCCAGUGGUGGAAGUGGGUGUCCAACCCAGGUAUUCUGACUCCUAAACUCCCCACUUUUUGCUGCUUUGCCCCGCUGACCUCAGCCUCUACAACCAUACUGUCAGUAUGCGUAAGGCGCACUGUUCCCAAGUGUUGCAAAGAAUCUGGAGCCAUUACAGCCCUCAGCAGGAUUCCAGUACAUUGCAUGCUGGAGGGGGUUUGGUUCUAGUCCUAGCUCUGCUUGAGAAUGUCUGACUCUGGAUAAUGCAUUUGUACUUUUUGUCUGAAUUUAAGAACUGAGGCUAUAGCAACAAGAAGAAGAGGGAUAUACUUGAGAUAUUGAGGAAGUAGAUGUUCCAUGGCUUAGCAAUUUGGGGCAAGUAAGGAAAAAGUCCAGGAUGGCUCAAGUUUCUGUCUUGGAUGGUGGUUCUAGCCAUCGAGGUCAAGAAAACAAUAGGAAACUGGUUUGGGAAGAAGCAUGAUUAAUUCUAUUUGGGAUACAGUGAGUUUCAAAGGCUCACACACAUCCAGUGACAUCCUAUUACUCAUUGGAUAUUUGGGUUUGGAACUCAGUGUAGACGGUCUGCAUGCAUAACCCAUAGACACAACAGUGUGGCCCUGGCCAGUGGGAAGGCGGGGUUGGGGCUGGGUGGAGGUGGGCACAGGUAGUGGGCCAGGGGGUGGGGAAUGGGGACAUCUUUAAUAGUGCUUCAGAGCAUAAGAGGAGUCUGUGAAAGGGAGGAGAAAUGACGAGAAAACCAGGAGCUAGAGGUGUGGCAAAGGGGAAAAGUGGGACAACCAGACAAUGUGGCUUGUGCUGGGAUGCAUUAGGAAGUUAAAAUGAGCACCGGGAAAAUAUUGUCACAAAUAUGUAUAUACAUAUAUCCAUGUUCAAUGCAUUGUAAAUGUUCUUUCAAAUAUGUAUCUGUAUGUAUAAAAGGAUCUAGUUAAGUUAUCCAAGUUGAAAGAUAAGGAGAGAAUCUUAAAAGCAGCAAGAGAUAAGGGGACAGUUACCUACAAAGGAGUUUCCAUCAGACUGUCAGCUGAUUUCUCAAAAGAAACCUUGCAGGCAAGAAGAGGCUGGAAAGAAGUAUUCGAAAUCAUGAAAGGCAAGGACCUAUAUCUAAGAUUGCUCUCUCCAGCAAAGCUUUUGUUUAGAAUGGAAGGGCAGAUAAAGUGCUUCCCAGAUAAGGUGAAGUUCAAGGAGUUCAUCAUCACCAAGCCCUUAUUAUAUGAAAUGUUAAAGGGACUUACCUAAGAAAAAGAAGAUAAACUAGGAACAGUUAAAUGUCAACAAACAGAACUAUCAACAACUGAACCUAAAAAACAAAAACUAAGCAAACCACUAGAACAGGAACAGAAUCACAGAAAUAGAGAUCACAUGGAGGGUUAGCAACAGAGAACGGGAGGGAGGCUUAGGGGAAAAAGUACAGGGAGUAAAUAGCAUAAAUGGUAGGUAGAAAAUGGGGGGGAGGGUAAGAAUAGUAAAUGGGAAAUGGAGAAGCCAAAGAACUUAUAUGUAUGACCCAUGGACCUGAACUGAGGGUGGGGGGUGAAUUCUGGAGGGAGUAGGGUGCAGGACAGAAGGGGAUAAAGGUGAGAAAAAAUGGAACAGCUAUAAAAGCAAAAUCGAUAAAAUAUUUUUUAAAGACUAUGUCUAAGUAGCAAUUUACAGGAAGUAGACUAACAUUUUAAAACAUACUAAAGAUACAAUUACCCAGAUCUAGAAUGAGGGAAAUUUGAUAGGACAGCAAACCCAGUUUCUUCCAACAAAUGGACUUUCAAAAAGUGCGUAUGGAGAGUAGGUGCUAGCAAGGGGAAGAACUGUUACAAGAUGUACUGUGUAGACUGCAUAUGGAUUGUACUUUGAAGAAAUCAUGACAAAUGUAAGGGAAUUUGAAUGUGACUGUGAGAGGAUAUUUAAACAUUAUUAAAUUUGUUACGAGUCAUGA